AGGUAAAGUGAAAUUUUCAUUUUGAUCUAUUCAUUUUUUGUGUGAUUAAUGAAACUUGUAUUUGCUACAUCUACCCUAUGCAUGCUUCAUCUCCUGUUGCAAUGUUCUCCUCUUAAUUUAACAACUUUCAUUUUAUAUUCUAAAGGUGAUUGGCAGUUAUGGAGUGGCCAUUACUAUUACCACCGAGAAAAAUCAGCCGCAAAUUCCUGGUUUUCAGCCGAAGGUGUUUGUCGACAACAUGGCGAAAAUGUUCAUUUGGCUUCAAUUCACAGUCAGCGAGAAAACGACUUCAUAAAGUCACUCUCCUCAGACGAAGGCGAACAAUGGAUAGGCCUCACUGAUCACAACAUUCGAUCGAAUUCUUUUAAAUGGAUCGAUGGCUCACCUUAUGGAGAUUUUACGCCUUGGGCGGUGGGAGAACCAAACCAGGCAACAGUAGAUGAAGACUGUGGAGCAAUGAAACCAGAUGGAACAUGGAUAGACGUGGCAUGUAGAAAGCAAAGACUUGGAAGUGGCACACCAUUCGACAGAAGGGCUUUUACAUGUAAAACAUCUGGGAGCGCAGUGAGAUAUGAGCCCUUGCCGUCCUCACAAAGAGAGAACGUUCACGGAAGCCGUUGUGUCCAACAGCAAAAAGACUAA